AUGGGACUUGGUUUUCCAAUAGAGGCAAGAGUUUUGGCGAAUAACGAUCCAUUUUCCGGGGUGAUAAAGCUUGAGCCCGUGAUUUUGAUGCAGCCCAACUACCCUUUCACCACGCUUCCCCCACCAGUCGCUCCCACCACCAUCCCCGAGAGCCCUUUCUUCCCGGAGUUACCUUCUCCGCCGCUACCGCCGCCUCCGCCGAGCUCCGCCACCGCGUUUGCCACCUUUCCGGCGAACAUCUCCUCCCUCGUCCUCCCUUCCUCCCCCCGCCCCUCCCACAAGCCCACCAAGCUCAUUUCCCUCAUUGUUGCCGUCUCCUUCUUUUCCGUCCUCGUUUUCACCUCUGUAGUCCUCCUCCUCCUCCGCCACCGCCGCCACCACUACCACGGGGACAAGUCCCUCAAAAGCGACAGCCUCCGCCUUUUCCCUCCCAACACCACCCCUAGCGACACCAGUGUCACCACCACCGGCGCCCCCGUCACCAUCGACGCCAGCAAGAAGCCGCCGCCGCAGCUGUUCCCCCGUCACGCCCCUUCCUCCACCUCGUCGGAGUUCCUCUACCUCGGGACCCUCGUCAGCUCGCGGGACCCGGAGAACUACGCGGCCCCAAGCGCCGGACAAAAUGACGGAAAAGCCCCUGCACCGCCGCCUAGCAACUACCAGAGGCUCGGCUCGCCGGAGCUCCAGCCGCUUCCGCCUCUGCCGCGCCAGCACUCUGGGCAAAUUUACCAUAAUACCCCCCACGCCGAGGGAGAAGAAGAAAACAGCAACGCGGAUGACGGAGAUGAAAUGUUUUUCUCACCCAGAGGGUCCACCGCAAACAACACUAGUCCCUUCCGCACCAGAUCCUCCACACCUCCAAACAACACCGGCAGCCGCUUCCACAAAACCGAAAACCUAAAUCCAUUCUCCUGCAACUCUCCGGUGUACUCCAUCUCGCCGGAUAAUAGCCCAUCGGUCGCCCUCAAUUCCGAAAGCCCGCAAAGCAUGCUUACAAAAUCUCCAGACAGCUCGGUGGUUUUCCCAGCCCCAUUGCCGCGCUUCAUCCCUCCUCCGCCAGUUAGGCAGCCAAGGGCAUUCUCGACAUUUUCACCCUCCUCGACCGACGACUGCGCGACUCGUGACUGCUCUCCCCGGGCCUCAGACUUCUCCAGCAUUAUGAAAGUAACCCCUUCUCCGCCUCCGCCUCCACCUCCGCCGCCACCUGUGGCGGUACCACCCACCGGCCCGCCGGAGCUGGUUGCGCCUUCAAGAAAAGUUGUUUUGAAAAACUUGAGCGGGGAGAAGGCUAGUUUUGGAAAUUUGGAAAGUAAAUCAGAGGAAAUGAUGAAACCUAAGCUGAAGCCUCUGCAUUGGGAUAAAGUGAGAGCUAGUUCAGAUAAAUCAAUGGUGUGGGAUCAGCUUAAAUCCAGUUCUUUUCAGUUGAAUGAGGAAAUGAUUGAGACUCUAUUCACGGCCAAUGCUUCUACUAUGAAUGCAAAAGAUGGCCUGAGGCGCCAGACGAUGCCAGAAAUGAAUCAAGAAAAUCUUGUUCUUGAUCCAAAAAAGUCCCAGAACAUUGCUAUACUGUUAAGGGCUCUUAAUGUCACUGUCCACGAAGUUUGCGAGGCAAUCUUAGAAGGAAAUGCCGACACACUGAGCUCCGAGCUUCUCGAGAGCUUAUUGAAAAUGGCCCCCACAGCAGAGGAGGAACGAAAGCUGAUGGAGUUAAAUAACGAGUCACCACUCAAGCUGGGAACUGCCGAGGCAUUUCUAAAGGCGGUGCUCAGUAUACCGUUUGCAUUCAAGAGAGUAGAUGCCAUGCUUUAUGUGGCCAAUUUCGAGCCAGAGGUCGAACAUCUUAAGAGAUCAUUUGACACGCUAGAGUUGGCUUGCAAAGAACUAAAGAGCAGUCGGAUGUUCAUGAAGCUUCUAGAAGCUGUCCUCAAGACCGGGAACCGUAUGAACACUGGCACCAAUCGAGGGGAUGCCCAAGCCUUCAAGCUCGACACACUCCUCAAGCUGGCUGAUGUCAAGGGUGCCGAUGGUAAAACCACUCUUCUCCAUUUCGUGGUCCAAGAGAUCAUCCAUGCCGAGGGGGCCCGCUCGUCCGGAACCGCCCUUCAAAACGAGAAAAGUCAACAACAGUCAACUCUUCGGGACGAGGUCGAGCUCAAAAAGAUAGGCCUCCAGGUCGUGUCCAGCCUCAGUGGCGAGCUGACCAAUGUGAAAAAGGCCGCCGGGAUCGACUUAGAUUCGCUCAGGAAAGACAUUGAGAAGUUGGCCUCCGGAAUUCACAAGGUUAGAGAAGCUCUUGAGUUAAUGGGCGGGAAAUUCUCGGAGAAUAUGACUGAGUUUGUGAAGAAGGCAGAGGUGGAAAUCGGGAAUGUGCAGACGAAGGAGAGCGUGGCUUUUUCGAUGGUCAAGGGUUUGACCGAGUAUUUCCAUGGGGACUCGGGUAAUUUGGAGGCUCGGCCACUGAGGCUGUUUAUGGUUGUUCGUGACUUUCUGGUUAUUCUCGACCGAGUGUGUAAGGAUGCAGGAAGGAUUAACGAGCGGGCCAGGGUGAAUUCCGGCCAGCAGGUUCUUCAGGGGCAGGCAAAUGCGGUGGGCCCAAAUGCUCCAGUGUUUCCCGGGUUUAGCGAGGGUCGGCAAUCGAGCUCGUCGGACGAUGAGAGCUCGUGUUCGUUUUAG